GUUGUGUUUUUCUUAGCCACCAAGUAAGAGCGUAGGGAUAGGUUGGAGUAACCUCGGUCAUAUAGUACGGAAAUAUUCUUUUCACUUUUUGCUAUUAGCCAUUAUUUUCUUAGACGCUCAAACAGAUAAUAUUAAAACUUUUUUUUAAAGUUAGAAUAGCCAUUGCGCAUGCGUCCUUUACAGGAGGAAGUCCUUCAGCUUCAAAAUGGAGGCGAAACCAUAUAGAGAAACCCGGCGGUUGAGGUCUUCAGUUCCGUCCCGUUGGCGCAUGCGCGGAGGAGGCACUUUCUGUUUCCGAGGAGCGUGAGCCGGCGCCGGGUGAAGGGGCUGCUGCCUCAGCUGGGGAAAGAAGCGGAGGGGCGCCGCGCGUGUGUAGCUCAUGGCGGAGAGCCCGACAUCGGGUCCCCUCAACGUGAUCCGCGAAGGGGACUGCGCUGUGCUCAAGCGGGACGAAGUCUUCAAAGCGGUUUCUGUGUUGAAACGAAGAAAAAUUAUUUUCGAAAAACAGUGGUUCUAUCUGGAUAAUGCCAUUGGGCAUAUUUAUGGAACUACCUUUGAAGUGACUAGUGGGGGAAGCCUUCAGCCAAAGAAGAGGGUGGAAGAAGCAACUGCAGAAACAAAGGAAGCAGGCACAGAUAACCGGAACAUAGUUGAUGAUGGAAAAUCUCAAAAACUGACUCACGAUGAUAUAAAGGCUUUGAAGGAUAAAGGCAUUAAAGGACAGGAAAUCGUUCAGCAGCUGAUAGAAAACAGUGCCACAUUCAGAGACAAGACAGAAUUUGCCCAAGAUAAAUACAUAAAGAAAAAGAAGAAAAAGUAUGAGGCAGUCAUUACAAUCAUAAAGCCGUCUACCCGAAUUCUUUCAACAAUGUACUAUGCAAGAGAACCAGGAAAAAUCAACCAUUUACGAUAUGAUACUCUAGCCCAAAUGUUGACUUGGGGAAACGUCCAUGCCGGGAAUAAGAUGAUCAUAAUGGAGACCUGUGCAGGAUUGGUGCUGGGCGCAGCAAUGGAACGGAUGGGAGGUUAUGGGUCCAUUAUUCAGAUGUACCCAGGAGGUGGAGUCGUUCGAGCAGCCACAAACUGUUUUGGGUUUCCGGAGUCCUUUUUCCAGAAACUUUACGAGUUCCCUCUCAGCAAAGUGGGAAGUCUUCUCUCUGGAACAUUCUCUUUUGAGGCAUCAUCUUCAGAAACCGAAGGGAGCACACCGCUGGCAGACGAAGACGACAGAUCGCUGGAUGAAAAGCAACUUUCCGUACAAGAAGCAGAUACGGAGUGCGGCACCGAGAUACCGAUGGAGUCCUGUCAGCCUGAAGAGCAAGAAAUGGCGGAUCUUCCUAGUGAUGGGGAAGCAUUGGGAAACGAUAAAACAAAGACUACUGUAAGAAUGCAUGACAAACAAAGGAAACAAGAGGAAAGGAGGAAAAAGUUGACAGAAGCCGCAGCUUUGUUGAAAGACAAAGAUGCUGAUGGUUUAAUUGUAGCCAGUCGAUUCCAUCCAGCGCCUUUAUUGCUCUCGUUAUUAGAAUUCGUUGCUCCCUCGAGGCCUUUUGUUGUCUACUGCCAAUAUAAAGAGCCAUUACUGGAAUGCUACACAAAACUGAGAGAGAAAGGCGGGGUUGUUAACCUGAAGCUUUCCGAAACCUGGUUACGCAACUAUCAGAUCUUGCCAGAUCGAAGUCAUCCCAAAUUGACAAUGAGUGGCGGCGGAGGGUACCUGUUGACAGGCAUCACUGUAAUAAACGAGAAUCUAAAAACUGAUGACUGCUCAGAACAGAAAACCGAAGAACCAGCAUCCAAAAAACGUAAACUUCAAGACCCCUAACACUUAAAGAAGAUGUUUCCUUUAAUUCCUUAGGACAUGAACUGCGUUGUGUUCUAUUGCUAACUCUGUUUAAGAGCACAGAAGAAUGUACAUGCCUUGCAGUUGCUGCCGGAAACAGAGGAAAUGUAUUUCAGGAAUGGCUACCAGCUGAAAAGAGGCUUUUAAACAGUAGAAUGCUUUGCUGUCCAAACCAAUCCAGGCUUCUGUAGUGCCAUAGUUUCAAACGUCUAUUUUAAAGUUCAGGUAGUGAAAAAAAUGGGGGAUCAUAAACCAUAGUCUUUCUAGAGAUGCUGCAAAAAUGGUUGGGUUCUUCCAUUCUGUUAUAAGUAAUAAGAUUUGAAUUUAUGCAAGAGCAUUAUUUCUAAUUCCACUGGCACCUGCUUUUGAUGACAAAAUUGUGACUUGCACCUGCCUCUGACACCUUUUUACAAGGUGAAAUUAGUAUUGCAAAAUCAUGCAAGUUCAUUGCAGAUGAACAUAUAGGACUCUUGACAUGAGAACAUCCUAUUUUUUUACCCUUUACUUUUGAAUGCAAGGACUAAGAAACCUUGGGUGUGUGUUGUAAAUUUCAAAAUACCAGUCAUUCAUUUUUUGCUAUUCUUUCAUGAACGUUGGUUUGCCUCUUUCCUUUUUUAAAAAAAAAAGUGACAACUUUUGUAUUAUGUAGAAUUUAUGAUCUGUAAAUCUGCAUUUCAA